AUGGCCGGCUCGGAGCCCCCCGGGCCGGGCAGGACCCCCGGGCCGGGCAGGACCCCCGCGCCUCCCCCGCACCGGCUGCGCUCCCUGGCGCGCUCCUGGCUGGAUGAGGACGCUCCCUGGCCGGACGCGGCCCUGGCGGCCGCGGGGGUCGCGGAGACCCGAGCGCAGCUGCUCAGCAAGGGCGGGGGGCGCUCGGGGGGGGUCCUGGCCGGGGUCCCCUUCGCCGAGGCCGUUUUCGGGGUCUCGGGGUGCCGGGUCACCUGGAGGGUCCCCGAAGGGUCGGCGCUGCCCCCCGGGCGGGCGCUGGUGGCCGAGGUGGAGGGUCCGGCCGCGGGGGUGCUGGGGGGGGAGAGGGUGGCUCUCAAUAUUUUGGGGCGCUGCAGCGGGGUGGCCUCGAUGGCCGCGAGGGCGGUGGGGGUGGCCCGGGCUCAGGGCUGGGCGGGGGUCGUGGGGGGCACCCGAAAAACCACGCCCGGCUUCCGCUUGGCGGAGAAAUACGCGCUGGGGGUGGGGGGCGCCGACCCCCACCGGGGGGGUUUGGGGGGUCUCCUCCUGCUCAAGGACAAUCACCGAGCGCUGGCGGCGGCAGCGGGGGGGCUCGAGCAGAUGAUUUUGGGGGUGCGCCGGGCCGGGGGCUUCACCCACAAGUUGGGGGUGGAGUGCUCGAGUGCAGAGGAGGCGCUGGAGGCUGCAGGGGCUGGGGCUGACAUCGUCCUGCUGGACAACCUGGCCCCCCAGGAGCUGCACGCGGCGGCGGCGCAGGUCAAGGCCGCGCACCCCGGGGUGACGGUGGAGGCCAGCGGGGGGAUCGUCCUGGAGACCCUCCCCCAGUUUUUGGGGCCCCACAUCGACGUGGUGUCCAUGGGGUGUCUGACCCACAGCGCCCCCGCCCUGGACUUCGCACUGCGGGUGCUGGAACCCUAA